GCUCACUGUGGCUGUAGCUGCGGAAGGAUGUGGACAAAGAUACAACAAGGUGGUCGCUAAAAACAGAAAAGGAAAGAAAGCAGUCCAUUAAACAUCACCGAAAGGGUUUUACCGUCCAGUUCUCCGGUACCGAAACGGGUCUUCAGUUGUAGACCAACAUGGAGACUGCUGUGAUGAGCCUCCAGACCUUAUAUGAUAAGCUGAGGACACAAGUUGACGUUCUCAGUGAGAACAUUGAACCCAACUUCAUCCAGAUGGCACAAAACUUUGAUGAGUGCCGACGCAAAUGGCUGAGGGCAGAGCAGGAUCUGGGCUCUUGCAAAGAGGUGCUCACCAAAGCGGAGACAGAGAGAGGAGCUUUGGAGGUCAAACUGAAACAUGCCCGCAACCAAGUGGAUGUGGAGAUCCGGCGCAGACAAAAGGCUGAGGCAGACUGUGAGAAGUUGGAGCGUCAAAUUCAGUUGAUUCGGGACCUUCUCACUAGUGAGGGAUCCUCCAACAGCAUCCAGCUGAGUGCAGAGCAGCGCUCAGCUUUGGCCUUUCUGAGCACGAACUGCCAGGCAGCAGCAGCCAGCCUGAACACCAGCCGGAGACUGGCCACGAUCGAUGAGUCUGCCUCCAUCUUGUCAGAUAUCAGCUACGACAAAACCGAUGACUCUCUCGACUGGGACUCCUCCACUGUGAGGACAGUGCGACUCAAGAAAAGAGAAAAAAGGCGCUCCUCGAGAAAUCAUGUCGAUGGUCCUCCAGUUGCCUCCAAACGAUCUCGAUCAACAGGCAGAACUUCAGAGAGGGGAAAUGAGACCCUUGUGACAAAGACCACAGUGACCGUCCCUGCAAAUGGAGGACCUGUGGAGGCAGUUUCUACCAUUGAGACUGUUCCUUACUGGACUCGCAGCAGGAGAAAGACCGCCGCCAUGGAGUGGGACUCUGAAUCAGUCAAGUCUGAGGAUGUCUUCAAGCAGCCUGGCAACCCUGAGGGAGAGAGAAAAGUGGCGCCCAGCACUCCUCAGAGCCAUGGGGGUGUCCGUCAUCAUGAGUUUGUCUCCAAAACUGUCAUCAAGCCUGAAUCAUGCGUGCCCUGUGGAAAGAGGAUCAAGUUUGGCAAGAUUUCACUGAAGUGCCGUGACUGCAGGGUGGUCUCGCACCCGGAGUGUCGCGAGCGUUGCCCUCUGCCAUGCAUCCCCAACCUGGGUGCCACACCAGUCAAAAUCGGGGAGGGUGUGCUUGCAGACUACGUCCCUGACACAUCACCCAUGAUUCCCCCUCUGGUGGUCCACUGUAUCAGUGAGAUCGAGCAAAGAGGCAUGCAUGAGGCUGGACUGUACCGUCUGUCCGGUUCUGACCGCACAGUAAAGGACCUGAAGGAGAAGUUUCUACGCAGCAAAACAGUCCCCGUGCUCAGCAAGGUGGACGAUAUCAAUGCCAUCACUGGCCUCCUAAAGGACUUCCUGAGGAACCUGAAGGAGCCUCUUCUCACCUUCCGCCUCAACCGUACUUUCAUGGAGGCAGCCGAGGUUUCAGAUGACGACAACAGCAUAGCUCUGAUGUACCAGACCAUCAGUGACCUGCCGCAGCCCAACAGAGACACGCUGGCUUUCUUAGUCCGUCAUCUUCAGAGAGUGGCUGACAGUUUGGACACGAGGAUGGACGUCAGUAACUUGGCUCGGGUGUUUGGUCCAACUAUUGUGGGGCACGCAGUUCCAAACCCUGACCCAAUGACAAUCCUUCAGGACACCAAAAGACAACCCAAGGUUGUGGAACGCCUGUUGGCUCUGCCUGAGGAUUACUGGGGACAGUUUGUGAUGGUGGAAAACGAGCAGCCGAACUUGAACCACCUGAUCAUUGAGAACGCAAACUGCUACGCCACCCCCGAGAGAAUGAGCAUACUGGGACCUCUGACAACUCCAGAGCACCAGCUCAAUAAAACCCCCUCCUCCAGCUCCUUGUCUCAGCGCAUGAAGUCCACUCUGACACCCAGAUUUGGAAGCAAGAGCAAAUCGGCAGUCGGAUUUUCUGGCCAAGGAAAAUUCUUUGCAUCUCCUCUCCUUAAAUAAUCCAAAGCAGCUACACUUAAACCUUUACUGAUACUGCAAUAACAACCAGUACGUUUUUUUGUAUUUAUGCACAACACAUAACACGAUGCAGCUUUGAUAAUGGAUAGAAACGCCUCCAUCUUAGUCUCCUUAUAAUCGUUUUAAUUUUUCACAAUAGUAAGAGUUGUAUUUUGAUAAUUUUACGUGUUUGUGAGAGGAUUUUUUUUAACCAAAUAGUAGGUUUUCCUAUCUAUGCACACUCGUGUGUCUUUAGCGCUGAUGCUUUUGCUAAAUGUUUAACAAGGCGUUAUCACUUCACCUCUUAAUGGAAUGCCUCACCCACAGAAUGACCAUUUGUAUAUCUAUUUGUCUUGCGGUGUUGAAUGUGUGUAGAAAACUUAACAUGCCCUUGCAGAAAAUGGCGAAACUAAUGAUAUAUUGAUUGAUUGGGGACCAUGUUUAACAGCAAAACUAUAUCAGAACAUUCGUUUACAGAUUCACACAACUUGUGUACUAUAAUCCAAGUCUAUUUAACCAGUUGGAACUACUGAGGAUACAACUUUUUCCUUUUUACUAGUCCUGUAAUGUUAUCCCCACCUCUCGCAGUCACCAUCUUUCUCAGCCCAGCUGCCUGUUUCACCAGUAGAGACUGACCUCUAGUGGAGCAUGUUGUGCACUACAGUGCAUCGCCACAAUGCCGCAUCUCUGUAUCAGUUUAACAGAAAGAGGAGCGUCUGUAUUUUUGCCUGUACUGAAAAUAAUACCUGUGGGAUUUCUAGAUAACCCAGCAUGCUAUAAAACCUUGAUACUGCCCAGGCCAAGACUGGAUAAAUGAGACUUGGAUUAUGCUGCAGGAGUUGUGUGAGAGUUUGUAAAUGGAUGUUUUGAUACAGUUCUGCUGUUCAACAUGGUCCCCAAUCAAUAAAUCAAUAUGUUCCCCAUUUGCUGUGGAGGCAUGCAAGAAAAACAAAGUUCUCCUCACAAGGCAACACGGCAUGAUGAAUUUAUAUCCAAAUGGUCAUUUUGUGGGUGAAGUAUUCCUUUAACACUCGACUGUACUGUAUAUUUCUCUUUUUGAAGAAUGUGUGCAUGGAUGAAAAUAUGCAGUUUUAUUGUGACCUGCUUCUAAAACCAAUAAUCUCAGUGUUUCAACUCAUGUGUCACUCAGAAGUUGAAGGACUGAUUCUUAGGCAUUUCAUUGUAGGUUGUAAUUGAAUGUGUGACUACUCAGAAUGCUAUCUUUUAAGUUUUUUUGAUGUUUGUAUUUCAUUUCUAUGAAGUUUUGAUUGUACGCAUCCUCCAGUGAAUCCUGCUGUAAAUAUUUACAAUCUCUCAAACCCUUUCCUUCUGAUACUGUAACUACAAACAGCUAAGUCCUCAAAAGCAGAUUCUCCUGGCCAUUAUCUGCGAGCUUGAUUGGGUGUGAUGUUAUUAGUAAUUGGCAUUAGUCUCUUUAAAAGGGGACACAAUUUUAAUAUCUGCGCUGCCAGUGAUGAUCAGUAACACUGUUCACUGGUUUAUGUCACAGGCUGUAAUCUCAGGCAGAUCAGUUUGCUCCUCUAAUGUUUAUUGCUCUGUGUAAUGUUUGUACUGUGGGAGGCUGCUUGCGAGCAAUCCCAUGCAAAAGGCAAUUACUUUGUAAGAUUAGCCAGUUGAGUUGCUGUGGCAUUAUAUGAUUAACUAUUAGCACAAAUUCUGUACACAAGUACAUGCUCUAAAAUCCAUGUAACUUAUAAAAUACAUUUCUAACCUUUACCAAAAAAAAAUGCUGUGUGCUUUCUCUUAAA